AUGCAAAUCUCCAUCUUCACCAUCGCCACUCUCAUCUUGGCUCCUCUCGCAGCCAUGGCCGCUCCAGCUGCUGAGGCAGCCCCAAAUCCAGCUGCUCUCCCUGACUCCGAACUCCACACCCUCAUCAAGCGUGGUGCAUGCUCUACCAAUGCCAACUGCAGCAAUGGACAGAAGUGCAAUUGCCAAUACUGCUUCGGUGGCCCAAUCCAGUGCUACAAGAUCUGCUGUUAG